UGGUAUUGUUAUGAGUGUGUGAAAGGAAGGGAGCAAAGGGGGCAGCUGGUUCAGGGCCAGGUGUUGGAGCUCUGAGGGAACCUACAAACACGGCACAUGCUGUAGCAGAAAGAGGGGAGCCCGCAGUAUCCUGCGCACCCUGAAAUCACGAGCUCCCUGUAAAGUGGGGCAGGGAAAUGAGAAGCAAGGUGAAAGCCCCAUAGAGGAAGCGAGGAGGAGCGCUGGAUUGUAUAGGGAAGGGGCACCUGGUUAUUAUCCAAUAAAAGAGGCGCUGCCCUCACUCCCCUCCCUGGACCAUACCAUUAUUUACCCUGUGGCCCCUCACUCAGUGGAGGGCCCCAAUCACUGGGACUGCUCACCUGCCUGGGACUUGAGGCCUUGGGAGUGUGUAUGUGAGGGAGCUGCUGGUAAUUAGGGGUUAAUUGGGGUGGGGGGAGGUGGCUGAGCCCUGGCCUGGGGGGUAAGACUGUUCCACUGCAGGAUGUGUAAUAGGGAGAGCUGGGGGGCACUUGGGUGCUGUCUGUGAGGGGGUGUGUGAGAUCGGCGGAAGGGAAUCCAGUUCUGAUCAUGGUAAAGCCAAGCCAAAGACAGACCCAGUCGGCAACAGAAAGCAGGAGUGGGCGCAGCUGAAACACUGCCUGGCCCAGUGGGAGAUGUCGGCAAAGAGUUUGGGGGCUGCGCGUCGCAGGAGGACGCGCUGCCGAAAGUGCGAUUCCUGUGUGCGCACGGAGUGUGGGGAGUGUCACUUCUGCAAAGACAUGAAGAAAUUCGGGGGCCCCGGGCGCAUGAAGCAGUCGUGUCUGAAGAGACAGUGCACGGCGCCCGUGCUCCCACACACAGCCGUGUGCCUUCUCUGUGGGGAUGCAGGGAAGGAGGACACUGCGCAGGAGGAGGAGCAGAAGUUCAACCUGUCUCUAAUGGAAUGUACCAUCUGCAACGAGAUUGUCCACCCCGGCUGUAUCAAGAUGGGGAAGAGCGAAGCCGUCAUUAACACGGAGAUUCCAAACUGCUGGGAGUGUCCGAAAUGUAAGCGUGAAGGCCGCACAAGCAAGGACUCUCUGGACAGCUCGGGCAAGCGACGUUUGGACAACGGGGAAGAUGCCGUGCGGUGGAAACUGACGGAUGAUCCGGCCCCCGGAAAAAAGAAAUCCUCGGACGAAAAUGCAGGGCACAAGAGAAAGAAAGAGCAGGGGCCACAGUCUGAAGCGGGAGUCAAGAAAAAGGUGAAGGCAGAGAAGGACAAGAAAGCCAAAAAGAUUGAGCCGCCGGUCCCAGCGGAUCCCGUUCCACCUCCAGAUCGUUCCCACCAGAGGGAGAAGAUUGAGCGCUUCAAGCAGAUGUGCCAGAUGCUGGAGAGAGCGCGCAGCAGCACCUCAAGUUCCAGUUCUGAUUCCGACUCUGAUUCCGACUCCAAAGGCUCCAGGGGCAGCAGUGAUACUGGCGACGGGGGGGAAUCCAGGAUAAGCUUCAGCACCAGCUCCGAGGAGGAAGAGGAAGAAGGGGGCACGGGGGAUGGACGCAAUGGGACCCGAAAUGGCAAACCGAAGCCACCGCGGGCUAACUGGCGGGAAAAAGAGAACAGAAGAGGUGGUGGGGUGGGCAACAACAGGAAGGGCAUUACAGGAAGGAACACUGGGCAAGCGAUUUCACGGACUCAAUUGCUAAAGAGGCCUCUGGUCCCUUCUCCCCCCAAACCGGCUCCCCCGCAACUUGAAAGGCACGUGGUUCGACCCCCUCCUCACAGCCCCGAGCCGGACUCCCUACCUCUUGACGGCGGGACAGACCAUGUGAUGCAAAGGGGGGUCUGGCUGUCUGUGUUCAGGCACUUGGGACAGAAAGAGCUGUGCGUCUGUAUGCGAGUGUGCCGGACCUGGAACCGCUGGUGCUGUGACCGCCGUCUGUGGACAUCCAUUGACUUGAGCCGACGAAAAUCAAUCACUCCUCCUAUGCUAAGUGGUAUAGUCCGCCGGCAGCCAAUCAGACUCGACUUGAGUUGGACCAACAUAUCAGAAAAGCAGCUGACCUGGUUAAUCCAUCGACUCCAAGGAUUAAAGGAGUUGUUGGUGUGCGGCUGCACAUGGAGCGCGGUUUCGUCGCUCUGCACGGCCUCCUUCCCAUGUCUGUCCCUGCUGGAUCUGGGCUGGGUGCAGGGAAUGAAAACCUCCCACCUCCGUGAGCUGCUCUCCCCCCCAUCCUCUGACUGUAAAACAGUUGUGCCGGAUCCUCGGGGUCGGCUGCCCUCUCUAUCUGAGCUGCGUCUUUGUGGCCUAGAGAUCGGAGACUCCACCCUGCGUCUGCUGCUCCGCCAUACGCCGCGGCUCCAUCGCUUGGACUUGAGUCACUGUGUGCAGCUCACUGACCAUGGGAUCCAUAUACUGACUGCAGCCUCCACCCUGAGGGACAGCCUCACACACCUCAACCUCACAGGGUGUCACCGCCUGACGGACCAAUCCCUGGCCUUUUUUAAGCGCUGCCCCCACUUGCAGCUUGUGGAUCUGCGCUCCUGCCGACUCCUCACCAGCGAGGGAUUCCAGAAGCUUCUCCAGGAUCCGCCCUCUGACCCCGACGGAAAACCUUUCCAGUGUGCGGAGGAUCAGGUGCUGAGCCGGGAGAGCUAGCGGCCCCCCAGCACUACUGCCCUCAGCAGGGACAACUCUACUGUAUCUGCCUCCUUUACCAGCCCCGGGGCUCUGUCUGGGACUCGGAAAGCAGGUUGCACUGAAGUCUCCAUCUUUAACUGUGUCAGGAUGGAGCAGCCAACAAAGCUGAAGCCAUCUCUGGUAUCAAGCGGUUAAUCACGUGGGGGAGGGGAACUUCCUUCUAACUCAUACUGAGGUUUUUUUGGGGGGGGAGGUGGACACCUCUUAUACCUUAAUAAAUAGUUAUGAAUGUCUUGACUCAAUGGGAACCUCCUGUGAGAAUGUUCUGGGGUGGUGAUCACAUGAGCUCCAGGAUGAGGGUUCAGUCUCGUUGCCUCCCGCUCUCUCUUCAGUCGGUAUCUGACAGUUGGCGCACACUCCAAGCAGGGCAAUGUGGGGACGGAGCAACGCUCCACGUGUUUUGCAUUAAUGGGAUAUAGGCCUGUGCAAAGGAACGGGAUAGGGGGGUAGAGAAGCUUUGCUGGGUGAGAGCAGAAGCCCCUGUCUGCAUGGUACGACCCUGGUGGCCAUUGGGACAUAGGCAUUAAAUGUAGACCCUCCCUCUCCAGGAGGACUGGGCGUGUCCUUUGCAGACAGGGGGCGUGCCCUUUGCAGACGGGGCGUCCCAGGUCUUCUGGGGCAUCAGAAUGAGAAGCUCCUACAUAGGCGCAGACUCUACAUCAUGACCUGACUGCGGGGGGGCAGAGGGGGGAGGGGUCCCUCCUAUUUAUAAAGAACUGGGCUGGCAGCAAGAUUGUACUCUGAUUGCUGUAUUUUACACAGGUGAGAUACUUGGUGUCGGUAUAUAUUGCAGCAUGUUCAUUCCCGUGGGGGUUAUUGCAUCGAAAGGCUUUUUUUUUUAAUGUUCCCCCCCCUGUUUGUUGUAUUAUGGGAAAGGCUUGAAGAGCACGGCUGUGCAGCUAUAUAUAUAUAGACCUAUACGGUGGGAUGGGGAGAGAGAGGGGGUCUGGCAGUGCAGGGAGGAUCACAUGUAGGCACCACACAGGCACAUAUCACACAGAUUUGGGGUGAUUUCGUUUUUUUUUUUCUCUCCUCCUUCCCUUCUCGCCACGGGUUCUAAACGGUUUAUGGAUUUAUGUUCUGCUCUGUUUAUUUUGUUUUUUAUUUUAUAUAAACGUGGUUCUUUUGUAAA